CACUAGAAUCUUACUGUGGGUUUGUUCACAUUUGGGAAGAAACAUCAAGGAGCUGUCAUUAUUUUUCUACUUAUUCUCUUAUAUUUAGACAAAAUGACCCACUUUUGGAUAUAGGAGUUCGUCAUGAGUCUAUCGAGGGACAGAAAUGUCAAGUAGCAAAAAAGACGAGCGCGAAGAGAGGUUGCUGCAAGCAUCGAGACGCGGAGAAUUGGACACUGUGUUGAAGCUGAUCAAAAGUCGAUCUGAUGGCACUCAAAUAGAUAUCAAUUGUAAAGGCAAAUCCAAAGCCAAUAAUGGAUGGACACCACUUCUCUUAGCUUCUUAUUUUGGAAACAAAGAAGUUGCAGAAGCCUUAAUCAAGGCUGGAGCUGAUGUUUCUGUACGUAAUGGAAUGGGAAACACUUCCCUACAUUUGGCAUCAUUUACAGGAAGAACUGCAGUGGUAUUGUUACUUCUGCAAAACAAAGCCAGUGUUACUGACAUKAAUGGAGAGGGGAAAACACCAAGUCAAGUUGCUAAUAAAGAGGAAGUGAAACAGCUUAUUGUAGCUGCUGAGCAAAGUAUGAGAUUAGAACUGGAAAAACAACUCCUUGCAGCAGUUGCUGACGGCAACAGUUCUGAAUUAAAACGCUUGGUUGCGCUUCCACAUGCACCAGACAUAAACUGUAAGGACCCUAUAGGCAARACACCUCUUCAUUGUGCAGCUUACAGAGGUCAUAAAGAGAUAGCUGUUAUGUUGCUACAACAUGGUGCUGAUACAUCCAUUAAGAACAAUACUGGACAAACACCCUUACAGCURGCUAAGGAUUUGAAAAUGAAAAAACUCUUGGAUGUACAACCACUUCAGUCGAUCCAUAAAGUUGUUACCAGACACGAAGGAAUGUUGCUUAGGAGAUCAAGAUUUUUUGGAUGGAGGAAAUACUGGGUUGUUCUUGAAAGAGGAAUUUUAUCGUACUAUAACAAAAGGGCAGACGCUGUAUCGGGACACAAAAGACAAGGAUUUAAGUAUUUGGACCAUGCCAAAUUUUCGGUCCCAAAAGAAGAAAAACAUAAGAUUAAAAUCGAGUAUUCAGACAAUACUCAACAUAUAUUUAGUAUUGGAUCAAAUGAAGCAGCUCCGCAAGUACUUCGACAGCGUUGGCUGAACUCAUUACGUGAACACUGUGCGUACAGCACACACUAUACAACAUGCCCCACGUUACUCUUUGAUGAAAGUGAUGAAAACUUUGUACCAGUUGGAAAUGUCCAGGACUCUUUUAAGGUAGGACAAAAAAAGCGACAAGUAGCAAUGGCUACUUCACUUAUCAGUACAUUCAGUGAAAUCACUGCCAACAAGUCACAAAGUAAAGCAUCAAUGAAUAUGAUUCAAAUCAAGACAAAGCUUGACGAGAUAGUGACUUCGUCUAAAGACAUGUGUAAUGUGUUGUCUCAUUGUUUGGACAUGCUCAUGCAGCAAGAAGAGGUCAGGAAARUGCACAUGGAGGAAGAGGUAGAGAAAAGACGUGUACUAGAAGAUGCUCUUCACGUGUUGGCUACCGAACACCACGCCCUAGAGUGCUCUAUAGGAAUGAAUGAGCGUAUUCACCACGCUAGCAAACUCUCCCUUCUCAGCGACAACGACGAAUUCUUCGAUGCAGUUUCGGACCUCGCUAUAGCUUCGUGUCCCGACGACUUCAAAUCGGACAGCGACGAUGAUGACGGCGACAUUUACAUCCCUAUCGAACCCAAUACCGAACCAAAUCUCAUCGAACCAUCGAUCGUUAUCAACGAAUCUGUAGUAACAUUACCAAAGUCUUCUUCAUCUGAACUUAAGCACAGUAGCUCUGAAAAUAUUUUAACKCGAAGCAGUUCGGAUAAUACAUUGACACCAACAAAAAAAGAUAGCAUCGCCAAGGCUGACACCAUACAAAAAUCCAAGUCGGAGACGAUGUACAACUUUACAAACUAUGCUGUGCAGCUAAACGAGCUCCUUCCCGGGCAAGAUAAGCAGUUACCGCCAACAGACUCCAGGUUACGACCCGAUUGUCGCGCGCUAGAAAAUGGUGACUUAGAGAUGGCAACGGAAGAAAAAAUUCGCUUAGAAGAAAAACAACGAGCAACUCGACGAGACAGACAAAGGAAAAYUACAGAAUGGAAACCAUUGUGGUUUAAAGAAGAAAUCAACCCUUAUACGGGUCAGCAUGACUGGCUAUUCACRGGGAAGUACUGGGAUCGAGAUUAUUCCUCCUGCCCCGAUAUUUUCUAAAAAUUAUACAAAUCCAAAAUAUACCCGAGUUCCAGGGAUGUUAUUUUUGCCUUUUUCAUGGUACAAAUAUAUAAUCGCCGUGGCACCGGGGAAAAUUUAAAUACGAUAAUAAUCAUCAAAUAGAGUGGAACCUAGACACACAAAGCCUCUGUAGUACGAUCACCURGUUAAUACGGGCAAGAGCCGGUUUAGUGAGAGUYAUCACAACCAUUCUUAUGKAYCCGAGCUCGGAUCUAUACAUUUAGAAAGCACUUUCUGUUGUAUGGACAGUUUUGUAUUUCGGAUAGAGGUCGGUUUAGUGAGUCUGAAUAGCGCUAUCCACAAAUAUAUAGUACAGAUUCCUUCAUAUUAGAUCCUUGCGAAUCAAUUUUACAUGCAUUAUUUAUGAAUUAUUAGGAAAAGUACAUAUAAACAGUUCCMCAACUGCUAAGUUAGUAAAUCCAUGAAAUGCUAAAGAUCGGUGCUUAUUUUACAAUUGACGCGACAAUCCGUGAAAAAAACUAAAUGUUUAUUGAGGCCGUGUUUAAUAAAAAGGUUGCUUGUAUCUUGACAUGCGUCUGAGUYCAUUCGAGUUUAGCUCGCAAAGCAUCUAUAGAUUGAUAGAUCCAAUACAUUGAAUCGCUGAGAUCGUUUGAACGGCUAUUUGAAGCCAGAUACAAAGAAACGUUUUUGUAUUCAAAAACAUCCUGAUAAGUGCCCUGUAUAAGUAGGGGUAAAGCCUYUUAUUUGGUGUAGGAAGUAGAUCUUAAUGUCUUAUUUUUCUGCAGUGAACUAACAUAACUAUCUAAGCCAGUGUCCGUGCCAUGUGGGACUUUUGUUUCCCUGUAGUUCAAGUUUUUCACAUUAUGACACGGAAUCCGGAGCGUUCAGAUUCCGGAUUCCAAUCUCCUUGAUUCCGGAUUCCAAUCUCCUUGAUUCCGGAUUCCAUGAAAAAUGUCACAAGGACUCUAAAAUGCAAAGCAUCCUAACCUUCUCUCAUAAUGACUCAUUAGCAAUUAGGAAACAUUUGAAGUCACUAAUUUGGAUCCUGAACCUUUUACUGACUUCAUUACUUACGAUUUGUAAUGCAUUGUGCGUCAGUUUCAAGAGAAAACAAAGAGAGAGCCCAUAUUUUCUGUCCCAAACAUUUUCUACAAUGCAUUGCGUAUACGGUAUAUAUAUGAAGUAAAAGGUUCAGGGUGUAUCUGGAUUCUGGAUUUCUCUUAUUCUGUCGGCUUCCGUUGUCGCAACCUCCCAAUGCCAGGGUCAAAAUUUUGUCAGAUUUGGUACACCAGAUUUUUGAGUUGUGAGGGACUUAAUAUAGUUGCCCCCAAUCCUUUUCUACCAUAGGGUGACCAUAAUUAUAGUAUAUCUUCCAGCGAUGUAUCAUCGGAAUGAAUWGUUAUCCAGGGUAAUGAUACCUUUAGCGGGAAGUAAUAGAAUUAAAUGAAUUUUUUUUUAUUAUAA